UGAACUUCAUACAAUGCAAAUCCGGCAAUUGCCAUCAUUGCCGAUAAGCAAUCCAAUUAUAUCAGUGUUAGUAGUGUGUUACAAUCGAUGUAUUUAAUAGCUGUCGAUCAGUUUGUGAACGGACACAGUCGUUGAUACGGUCGCCGGAAUCGCAACAUGAAUUUCCUCUUGCGUUUCAUAAUUUUCUGCUUCGAUCCACUUGGUCUGGGUCGCCGCUUCUUUGUGCGUCCGGCUGUUAACUUAACGCUAAAUGUCUACGAUCGUUUUCGAAGCAAAGCUGAUGAAAAAGUGGACACAGUGCGGGAGCUUGUAUUACGCUUAGGAUUGAUUGCAUUUGCCGUUGUGUUGAUCAUUUGGUUAGCCGUAUUUAUAUAUGCCGCCUUCUACUAUGUCUACAUGCCGCCAAUAUCGCACACGCGACCCGUCCACAUGCAGUUCAAAACAUGCUUGGAGACCAGCACACCCUGCACCUUUCCCCACGCCCACGUGUCGUUAACGAAGAAACAACAAUUGCUGAUGGUGGGACAGGCGUACAAGGUCAUUGUCAACAUUGAUAUGCCCGAAUCACCGCAAAAUCUUGAGCUGGGCAUGUUUAUGGUCUGUGCUGAGAUGCGCGACUAUGAUUCUAUGCUCCGUGGACACUCAUGUCGAUCAGCAAUGAUGCGCUACCGUUCGCCAUUGAUACGCAUGAUCUCGACGUGGGCGCUGAGUCCACUCUAUGUGCUCGGCUGGAAGGAGGAGUUCCAAAAGGUGCCGGUAGAAAUAUUCUCACGGUAUUUGGAGGAGCGACAACAUCCCAUAACCGAUGUCUAUGUCGAAAUACAGUCACAAAAGAUACAAUUCUAUACGGUAACAUUGCAUAUCGAAGCUGAUUUUACUGGUCUACGGUACAUCAUGUUUAACUGGCCCGUGGUCUCAGCCAUUGUGGCCAUUAGCACCAAUCUAUUCUUUAUAUUGGUCGUUUUUCUGCUCAGCUGGUACCACUGGUCAGAUGCCACCUGGCUCCACAGUUUGCAAAUCCGAUACGCCCGCUUCACGAACCAGUUGCAGAGCAAAGCCAGCAGUGUGAUACUCUCCAGCACGAGCAGUUUGCGCGAUGAGGAGGAGUCUAGUUUCCUGGAUGAGAAGUUCGACAUUGCCGAUGUUGGGGAUAACGCUGAUGAUUUAAUGCUGGACAAGUCCAUUGACAAGGCCUCAGAUUCCCAGACACUGCGUCAGCGGAAAGUUAAAGAUAAAGCGUAAUACACUGCAACAAAAUGCAGUUUAUUCGACAUCACAACUAUAAACGCAAUCGCAACCCCAAUCGCCACCUACAGGCUUGUGCCAAAGACUAAUAGGUUUAGGAUUAUUGUAGUUACCUGCUGCGAAGCAGCGUAUGCAUUUCUAUGAAGUAUUUGCUCUAAUUUUGCAAUUUAUACAAUAAACUUGAAAGGUACUUAAUUGUGUACGUAACCACAGUCAUAUAAUGAUGUACUAAAAUAAGUCGACAGCAAUAGAUUCAUAUUUCU